UGUUGUUUAUUGGUGGCAGUAGAAGCGGCGUGGGACGGACGUGUAGGUGAAGGGAAGCCGAGAGAGCGGAGGGGGUACCUCGGGAUGAACGGGGCGGCCCCGCCGCUCUUCGGCUGUAAGGAGCGCGCCUUGCUGCUGGGCGAGAGUUUCGAGAGGAAGCCGCGCAGCGCCUUCCACACCGUGCGCUAUGACUUUAAACCUGCAUCAAUUGAUACGUCCUGUAAAGGAGACCUUGAAGUUGGCAAAGGUGAACAGGUGACAAUAACUUUACCAAAUAUUGAGGGAUCUACUCCACCAGUAACAGUUUUCAAGGGUUCCAAGAAGCCAUACCAAAAAGAAUGCAUUUUAAUAAUUAACCAUGACACUGGAGAAUGUAGACUAGAGAAACUUAGUAGCAACAUCACUGUGAAGAAAACCAGAGGUGAAGGAAGCAGUAAGGUCCAAUUUCGUAUGGACCAGCAGCAGCAGUUAAUGAGAAAUGCAAAUAAGGUUUCAAACAGUGUUAAAUUUUCUCCACCAAAAGAGAAGAUUCCUUCGCCUUCUCUUAUGGAUGAUAUUGAAAGAGAACUAAAGGCAGAAGCCAAAGUUAUCGAGCAGAUGAGCAGCACUGAUAGUUCAUCUGAAUCACAGAGCUCAUCGUCAAGCAGUGAAAAUAGUUCUAGUGAUUCAGAAGAUGAAGAGGCAAAGCCAUCCCAUUCCUUGUCAAUGCCCCGCCUACAGCCUGCUAUGAUGACUGUAUCACAACAGGCUUUUCCAGAUGUGCAAACUGGAUAUCACAGAAGUCAAGAGAGCAGUGGCCAUUUGAUGAACACACUGCGGAACGAUCUUCAGUUGAGUGAAUCUGGAAGUGACAGUGACGACUAAAGAGACUUUUCUGUUUUAUAUCAUUUCCAUUACUGAAGCUGAAAAGGCGUUUCAUUUGCACUACGUUAAAGACAGAGGAAUGUUACUAACUUUUUAAUAAAAUCGACUUCACUUUUCUCACUUCAAGUUCAACAUUCCUUUUGCCAUAAUUGUAUAUGGAUUUUUAAAAUUUCUGGAUUAUGAUAUUUAUUCUUUAUUGUUGGAUCCAAAGUAGCCUAUGACACCUCCUUUGAUUAAAAUUUCAGACAACUAUGUACCAGACAUGGAGGAAAUUCUUGUUUGUAACAUAUAUAUUCUGGAUCACUAUUUUACUAGAGAAGCUUAGGGCUCUAUCUGGUGUUAGACUCAUUUAAGUCCCCUUCAUUUCAGUGGGUCUACUCAAAGUUGAACUAAGAUUGGAUACAGCCCUUAUGUAUGUGUAACUAGGAAGAGUAAGCAGUUGAACUCUGUUACCUUUUAUUAUUUGAAGCUAAGCAUAUAAAAGUAACUGCCAAGCAACAAUAUUUUUGUGUAAUUUUUGAGCAAUAUAUCAACAUAUUCUGAAUUUCCAUGUGUUUUCUAGUCUGCAGUUUCUCAGAUGUGCCUUUCUAGGAACAGUUUGCCUUUAUUUUGGAUUUUGCUACUUGAAUGUACUCUGCUUCACAACAUAAAUGUCCUUUUAAAUUUUUAUUAAGAUUAGUGCAUCACUUUUGAUGGUUCAAAAAAUAAAACAUUUAGCAUUUCA